UGUGGUCGUCCGUCGUCCGUCGCGUGUGUCUCUCUCCCUCUCCGGGAUUACGGACGAUUGAUAGUGCAACUGGUGGUGUGUCCGCGGAUUCGGAUUAGCCGAGAGCUUAUCAUCUCGUACCCUUCCUUCUUACAACCAGCUUAUCACGCAGCGUGUGAGGUGGCCUGUGAUCUGAUUAAUGAUAACCACGAUAGUGCGUGAGGUGAUAUGCUGCAGGUGGCUUGAGGCGCGUUCGCGAGAGAAAACGUGGAAAAUUCAAUUCCUGUAAUCACCGCACAAACACGGAGGAAGAGAAGAAAGAAACCAUUGCCCCAUGAUGGAUACGUAUGUGAAAAAUCUGCUCAAUGGAUGGAAUAUGCCGGAGUUGAUAAAAGUGUUUCAAGAGGAGGAAGUGGAUGAGGCCGCAUUCAAGUGCCUGAAGUACGAUAUGAUUAAAGAGAUCAUACCACGGAUCGGGAAGCGGGCCAAGUUUCUGCAGCGAUACGAGGAGUACAAGGAGAAUCUUACAGAACGGCCAGCUUUCGCCGAGUUACAGCUGGACGAGAAGGAUCGUUUCUCACCCUCGAAUUCCACGCAAAAGCCAAGCCGCAUCGAUUGGAGACGCAUCGAGAAGGUGUGCGGCCCGGUACCGAUUUAUUUGAAGAAUUUGCUCAAAAUGUGUGGCUACGAGGCGGAGAGCAGCUUACGGAAUCUAAACGAUGACGAUUUUAUCGAUAUGGAACGGUUUGCGCGCGAAGAGCUGAUCCACCUCGUGCCGGCCACACAGUUCUACUUCCACAUCUUCUGCAGUGAUCCGGCGCGUGAGUUUCGCAUUGUGCCUGGCCACCGGAAGCUGCUGCUACAGAUCAGUGCCUACCUGAACUACACUAAGGUGGCGAGUGAAAUCCAACGUCCCGAACCACCGACCAACCAUCAACGGAUACCAGCGGCUGAGCUCUCGUUGCAGCAGCGGGAACGAGAACGGGAACAUCGGUUAUUGUUGCAACAGCAGCAGCAGCAACAACAACAUCAACAACAGCACCAGCAGCAGCAGCAGCAGCAACAGCAGCAACAACAGCAACAAGUUCAACAACAACAGGCAGCGGCAGCAGCAGUGGCAGCCGCGGCUGCAGUCGCCCAGCAGGCACAACAACAGCAACAGGCUCAGCAGCUUUUGCAGCAACAGCAGCUGCUGCAGGAGGUAGUACGGUUGCAUCAGCAACCUCUCAACGACAUACAGGAACAUAUGCUGACCGAGAUCAAGAUGUCGCACAAGAACUCGCCGUUGGCGUUCGAGCAGGCCACCGUCUUUCCACCGCUAAGCGACGAAGAGCGUAUCAAGAAGAUACAGGGCUGCAUCGUGAAGCUGAUCGACAUGUGGAGCGAGAAGCAACCGAUCCGGCUACAGGUGACGGAAGAAAUGAUCAACGUGACGUAUGAAACGAACGGGUACAACGCGUUCAUCAAGUGUCCCAUGUGCGCGGUACAGAUCAAGGUAUCAAAGCUGCCCACGAAGAAAGGUGAUCGGUUUGUGAUCUCGAACUUCUCGAAGCACAUCAUCAAGAUGCACUUUUCGCAGCUCGUUGAAGCCAAUGGAGGAGUAGCGGGUGGCGGUGGUGGUGUUGGUGGUUUAGCGGGAUCCGGCGAACGGAAGCAUAACCUGGACAACUCGUCCGGUGGAUACUAUGGCGGGGACAACUCGGACAGCAACAACACGUACUCGUUCGAUGAUUACGGUUCCGUGAAGCGCCAGAAGCUUACCGAUGACGAGGAAGAUGAUAUGGAUUCAAUGCCACCACAGUUGCUGCAUCCUUACGUGAGCAUCAAGGACGAAAUCAUCGAUCUGGAUGCGUAGCCACGAAGGAGAAGAGCAGGGGAGAAAGAAAAGCACUUUUCGAAUUACUUUUAGGAACCCUUUUUUUUCAUUCCGCGACCAAAACUGUGCCCGAAUAGAAACCAUAUAUUGCUCAAAGCGCACAAGGGACGCAACCGCCAAAUAGCUAGAUAGGGAGAGAGGAGGAGUUACGAAAGCAGCCAGCCUUAAACGAUGCGUUGCGUUAAAAAAAACAGAAUUCAUUCCUCAAACGAACCAAAAAGACUCUUGUUAGGUAGUGAACUAUGAAAUGCGUCGUGCGUUUGGACGACUUGAAGGUGAGAGGAAUUCGAAGACUUGUGUGAAUGGCUGAUAGUUAGGAUUAACUGUUUUUAGGUAGGAUGCAGCGAGUAGUAGGCUGCGAUAGCUAAUUUAUAUUCUUUACAAAAUAAAAGGGGUCGUU